GUGGGCCAAGGGGGGGGUGAUCAUCGAGGACGCCAAGGAGAACAGGUACGACACUCAGGUGGACUACACCUUCUUCACGGAGCCCGUGUCCUGCGAGGUGCACAACGACAUCGGCAGCACCAACGUCAGCACGCUGGUGGACGUGCACUUCGCCCCUCGCAUCGUGGUGGACCCCAAGCCCACGGUGACCGACAUCGGCUCCGACGUGACGCUGACGUGCGUGUGGUCGGGCAACCCCCCGCUGACCCUCACCUGGACCAAGAAGGAGUCCAACAUGGUCCUGAGCAACAGCAACCAGCUGUACCUCAAGUCGGUGACGCAGGCGGACGCGGGGCAGUACGUCUGCAAAGCCAUCGUGCCCCGCAUCGGGGUGGGAGAGAGGGAGGUCACGCUCUUUGUCAACGGGCCCCCCAUCAUCUCGAGCGAGGCGGUGCAGUACGCCGUGCGCGGCGACCGCGGCAAGGUGGAGUGUUUCAUCGGCAGCACCCCGCCCCCAGACCGCAUCGCGUGGGCGUGGAAGGAGAACAUCCUGGAGGCGGGCACGCUGGAGAGGUACACGGUGGAGAGGACGAACACGGGCAGCGGGGUCCUGUCCACCCUCACCAUCAACAACGUCAUGGACGCCGACUUCCAGACCCGCUACAACUGCACGGCCUGGAACAGCUUCGGGCCGGGCACCGCCAUCAUCCAGCUGGAGGAGAAAGAGGUCCUGCCCGUGGGCAUCAUCGCGGGUGCCACCAUCGGCGCCAGCAUCCUCCUCGUCACCUUCCUCGUGGCGCUCGCCUGCUUCCUCUACCGGCGCCGCAAAGGAAGCCGCAAGGACGUGACCCUGCGGAAGUUGGACAUCAAGGUGGAGACGGUGAACCGGGAGCCGCUGACGCUGCACUCGGACCGGGAGGAGGACACGGCCAGCGUGUCCACGGCCACCCGGGUCAUGAAGGCCAUCUACUCGUCGUUCAAGGACGACGUGGACUUGAAGCAGGACCUUCGCUGUGACACCAUCGACACCCGCGAGGAGUACGAGCUCAAG